AUGACGAUGGUCGGCGAUGAGAAGGGCCUUCCAGAUGGGCUCCAGGGGCCAAUGAUUAUUCGCCGGUCACUGAAGCUCACCGGGCUCUGGAAUGCAAGGACGGGUCCCGAGCUCAUUCCUACUAUUAUUGCGCUCCAUGCCGGGCUUUCAAAUCUCUUCGUCCAGAAAGAGGGCCAACCCUCUCUUGUUCCUGAAGGGGGCGAUGGUCCGCUUGACAUGCUUGGGCUUCUUCAUGGCAGGGGUGCUUCGCUCUUGGGGCGCACCAUGUCCGCCGUGGACGGUGCCUCGAAGAGGCCCAACAAUCCAUGCUUCCCAGCCCGGAUCCAAACUCAUAUAAGAAACCAAGGUUCCAAUUCGUCGUCCAUCAGCCAGGAUGCCAUGCCCGCGGAUAUUAUCCCCUCGCCGCGCCGAUGGUCUCCGACAUACCAACCGAGGCGGAGCAGACAGCCUCCGACUUCCCUUUCAUUUGUACCGCCGCCAGCCGUGCCACGUUCCGACUCCCAUGAACAGUCUCCCUCUUUGUCGCGGCGGCCAGCAGAUCGAGGCCCUGUCUGCAUCUCCCCGUUUCGCUCCGUUCGCAGGAUGAAGGAGCCCUUCCCGCUCAUGCUCCCGACAUCACCGGUAUCGCUUGAUGGCGCACCGCCACUACCAGAGAGACCUAUCAAAGCAUCCAAGCCGCCGGCCGGCCACACGUUGCGAACAUGGCGCUCAGACCAGAAUCUGACCUCCGCGAGCAUGGAGGCCUUUGGGCUGUUUCCAGGUUCUCCAAUAUCAGAGUCUCGUCCUGCGAGCGCGGGGGCCGACCAGUCUUUCUCAGAACCCAAAUUUGUUGCGAAACCCGAACCCAAGCCCGAACCGGAGAAGCCUGCACGGGAAGAUAUUCCACCCAUUGAGAAGAUCGAAGACAAACGGGUCCGGUACAAGGCAUAUCGGCCGCCAGAGCGGGACGAGCUUGCCCAAGACCAACGAAGGACAGACGUGACGAAUGUCCACGAAGCACAUUCCAAUCUCGUACGGCAGUGUGAGUCUACGGAGCCAUCGGAGCAAACCGAUCCAGACAGAGCGUCGUCAGUCACAUCUCCCGAACCUGCGCCAAGCGAGAAAGAAUCUACAUCAGGCAGCUCCCCGAGGAUUCAAAGGCCCAGAACAGCGACGGGUUCGAGUGGAGCCAGCUGGGUCCCAAGCACUUUCUCGUAUUGCCAGCGAUGGUUGCACAACGUUCCGUUUGAUACGCCAAACGACCACGCCGAAAGUCCCAAAGAGUUCAAUCGACGCAAAUGCCAAAUUGUUGAAAAGGAUCCUCCAAUGCCUCCACUGGACAUCAUUCCCGGCGCCAAAGCCCUCGAAGCACCCGUGAGACUCGCUGUUGCUAGUAAAACAAAGCCAAAACUGGUUGAUAUCGCUCGACAGUCUUCGCCAUCUAUACCUCUUCCUCCAUCCCUAUUGCCGAAAGCAGCACCAGCAACCCCUGACCAGCGUCAGGAAGAGGUAUCCGCAUUUAGUCCAGAUACGCCACAAGAUAUGUCUGACAGUGGAUAUGGCACCCGCGAUUCGAGGUUCUCGCUAGAGAGCUACACCGACAGCAAAGAUGACGACGCUUAUACCGAUCCCGGAUCAUUGACCUCCGACAGCGUCACAUCUACUGUGGUCUGCGAGAGGUCUGAAUCCGCGCAGGGAGAGCGCGCCACAUCCCCCAAACCUGAAAUUCGAUCAGGAAGUGUCAGUCCCAAAGGAUCUUCGCCAUCCACCGACUCCCCAGGGCGGACGUCCAACGCGUCCGACAAGGAUGAUUUGGAAAAGCAAAGACUUUGGGACGACGAAUGGACGCUGGACGAGCUCGACCAUUCUGUGAAAGAUUUCCCUCGCCAUAUGCUCCGACUGGAGUCACCUGUUAUGGUAUUCCUACGAAACAGCGACGAAAAGGCUCUCGUUCGGCCCUUCCGCGCCAUUUUCCCUAAUGUCGCAGAGAAUCUCCUUGAUGGACUCUGCGCCGCUCUCAUUGCCCGCAACUAUCUCGUCACACUAUCCAACACCCAUCGCCGCAAACCCUCUGCGUCGACCCGCAACGACACCUAUGCCGUCGACGCCGUCCCCACAAAAGCAUAUAGCACGCUGGGAAUCCAGCUCCCGUCUGGGUCUCCUAGUCGAAUCAAAGACCGAGUUCUCGGGUCUCGCAGCAUGGAGCUGCGCCGAGAAUUCGAGAAAAUUGUCGAUAACCUCCUUUUCGCCAUCUGCGGCCGGGCCGACGAAACUUUGAAAUCGGCCGUUGAAGUUCUGGCCGACGUGCUUGAGACUAACGCACAGCGUUGA